AGGCAGGAUGUGGCUGCUGGUCCUACAGCUGCUUGGUGCUGGUUUCUACCUGCAGGUGGCGACAUGCUACCGAUCAUGCAUCCUGAAUGGACAGAAGGCUCUCUGCAGUGGACAGUGGUUCUACCGGGUUCCUGCUCUGCCCUCGGACAUCACCCACCUCUUUCUGGACCAGAACUACAUCAGAGAGCUCAGCAGCGCCUCCCUCAGGGACUUUGCUGAACUGCAACACUUGGAUCUGGGCAAUCAGAAAGUAAAGCUCAUCAUAAGGAACGACGCUUUCCUCCAGCAGAGAAACCUGACAUACUUGGUCCUAGGGAGUAAUACCGGCCUUCAGCUGGACCCAAGAGCAUUUGCAGGACUGAACAAUUUACAGUCUCUGUUUCUGGAUUAUUGCGGGUUGACAGAUGCCAUCCUGGCCGACAGCUUCCUGCAGCCACUUCAGUCCUUAGAAAUGCUGGAUCUGUUUGGGAAUCAUAUCGUGAGACUCCAGCCGGGUUUGUUCUUUUCAAACCUCACACGGUUCACGAGGCUAAACCUCAAACUGAAUCAGAUUGAGAAGUUGUGUGAGGGCGAUCUCGUUGGUUUUAAGGGGAAAUAUUUUACAUAUCUAAAUUUAACAUCCAACAAAUUAUUCAAAACACCCAGUGAAGACUGGCUCAGGUGUGGAAACCCUUUUAAAGGGAUUGCCUUUAAUAUCCUGGACUUAUCCGACAAUGGGAUGAACAAACAGCAAAUAACACAGUUUUUCAAAGCAAUUCGGGGGACUCCGAUUGCUCAUCUUAAAUACUCUGGACACAUCGGUCGAGGGUUUUCCCAUAACAACAUCCCUGAUCCAGAUAAAAGCACAUUUGAAGGCCUCAACAGCAGCACUAUUCACACUUUAGAUCUGUCUAAAAACUUUAUAUUUAGUCUACAGAAUGCUGUUUUUAGUCCUCUGAAAAAUGCAACAAUUAUUGACAUUUCCCAAAACAAAAUAAAUCAGAUUAACCCAAAUGCCUUUGAUGGGCUUCAGGAUCAUUUACGAAUGCUCAACCUGUCCUUCAACCUCCUGGGAAAAAUCUAUUCUCAUACAUUCAUAAAUCUGACAGAGCUCAGGGUGUUGGAUUUGUCUUAUAAUCACAUCGGUGUGUUGGGAUACGACGCUUUCAGCAAACUUCCCAGAUUACGAGGUUUAUUUCUGACAGGAAACUCACUGCGAGACCUGGGUUUUCCUGCGACGCUGCCAAACGUAGAAUAUCUUACUUUGGGUGAUAACAAGUUGAGUUCAGUCUAUAAUAUCGCUAAACUGGGCGGUAGCAGUACCUAUGUGGACGUCACAGACAACAGACUAACAGACUUGGAGGAUGUUUACAUCAUUUUAACUCAUUUCAAAGGUCUCAAGACAUUACUCUUCGGUGGCAACUUCAUCAAGUGGUGCACUCUGUCUAAAAACAUUACGAUGCUUCAUAGUAAUAGUUUGGAAGUGUUGGAUCUUCAUGACAGUUCCCUGCAGAUCAUUUGGGCACAGGGGAUGUGCCUCCAUCUGUUUGAUCAUCUAGAGAACCUCCUUGGUCUAAAUAUCAGCUUUAAUUCACUGGUAGCUCUCCCACCAGGGGUUUUCAGUGGCCUCAGCUCCAUCAUAGACAUGGACCUUUCAUAUAAUGCCUUGACCUAUCUGCAGACAGAUGUUUUUCCAGUCAGCCUGAAACAACUGGACCUCUCCAACAACUUCCUAGUGUCACCAGAUCCUAUGACUUUCAGGUCUCUCACCUUCCUCAGGCUUUCAGAAAAUCGUUUCCACUGUGACUGCAACCUGUACGGCUUCCUGACGUGGCUGAACGUGACGAAUGUUACCUUCAUAAGCCCUACUGAAGACUUCAGAUGUGAGUUUCCAGCUGAUGUCCACAACAGUCCUCUUCACAAUUAUUCACGGAUUGUCGAACCGUGUGAACAAGAUGACGAAAAUGCCGUCAAAGAUCUGAAGUUUGCUCUGUUCAUCUUUUCUGUCCUCCUCAUCACAAGUGUCCUCCUCAGCGGGAUCGCUUAUGCCCGACUCAGAGGCCACAUUUUUAUCAUCUACAAAAAGAUUGUCGGGAAGGUCAUCGAGGGCCCAAAACCAACGCCUCCAGAGAAUGAGAUGCAGUACGACGCCUUCCUCUGCUUCACCAACAGCGACUACAGCUGGGUGGAGGAGGCUUUGCUGAAGAAGCUGGACAACCAGUUUUCAGAGGAGAACAUCUUCCGCUGUUGUUUCGAGGCCAGAGACUUCCUGCCAGGUGAAGAUCAUCUCUCAAACAUCAGAGACGCCAUCUGGGACAGCAGGAAGACGGUGUGCAUCGUCUCCAGGCAGUUCAUCAAAGGUACAGUUGGUCUCAUUUCCUUUUCUAGUAACGGAUGGAGGUGGAUGAGAUUUUAUUUCUUUCAAAAAAAAAGGUUUUUACAUUGUAGGAAAAAUGCCACUUAGAGUGCGAUAAGAAGAUCAAAACCAUUUCAGCACCAAAUGAUCUCUGGG